UGGAGGACUGGAUGUGCCUUCGCAGUGCCUGAGAGGUGCCUCAGAGGGGCUGGAGGGCUGAAUCCCAGGUGGCAAAGCUUUGCAGAAGUGUGUGUGUCUGUGGUACAAAAACCUGGGACUGGAGGAAAGUCUGAUGCUUGGGACUCUUAGGACAAGGGGCACCACCCCAGCUUCCCCAAACCAUGCUCAGGGACCAUCCUGGGAAAGUACAGAGAUCGGGGGCUGGCCCCAGACAAGCGGGGAAAGAGAGGUUGUCACCUGACUGACAGGGAGGGGAAGCAGACAGUGCCCAGCGAUGUGGGAAGGGAGAGCAGACAGGAGAAAGCUUGGGCAUUCCUGAGGGCCCAUGAUCUGCAAUUAGCCACGCAGAUGAGGGGUUUCUGCCCUCCCCCACAGGUGGGGCAGGGCAAGCAGGGAGCCAACUGUCUCCCAGAAGGAGGAAGCAGCCUCAGCUUGGGGUGCCGGGGAGGCAUGAGCAUGCUUGUGCCAGGGAAGGGCAACGAGGGAGCUGCCGGGAGGUGCAGGUGGCCACCAGCUGAAGCGAGCAGCCCACAGGGUGUGAAGGACUAGACGGAGUCAGGUUUUGGUGCCAUGCACACAGGUAUGUGUGUGCAAAGGGACGUGACGGGAACGGCACCAGUGUGUGUACGGAAAAAGGAACUGGGAGACUUAAAGCCCAGAGAGGAGGUGUGAUUUGCCUAAGGUCACACAGCAAGUUAGAGACUCAGCUCCACCGCUUAGUGUAUUGAGCCUUGGAGAAGCAUGGAGCACUUGGUAGCUUCUGGUCACUUUAAUUCCCCCAGCGCCCCUGGAGGCGCGCCUGUCUCCCCCAUCCUGCCCGCUCCCGGCUCGGCGGCCCCCCCAUCUACCCCGUGGCUAUGGACAGAAAAAUGGAAGUCCCCGAGGACGGGCCUCCUGUGGUCUCCUGGCUCCCUGAGGAGGGAGAGAAGCUGGACCAGGAAGGCGAGGACCAGGUGAAGGAUCGGGGCCAAUGGACCAACAAGAUGGAGUUUGUGCUGUCAGUGGCCGGGGAGAUCAUUGGGCUGGGCAAUGUCUGGAGGUUUCCCUAUCUCUGCUACAAAAAUGGAGGUGAUUCCUGUGGGGCAUCAUCAGGCCUCUGGUGCCCAGAGUCUGGGCAGAUGCCAAGAGAAAUGUGGGCCAGGGCAAUCUCCCCAGGAGCCUUCUUCAUCCCCUAUUUCAUCUUCUUCUUCACCUGUGGCAUCCCAGUGUUCUUCUUGGAGGUGGCGUUGGGCCAGUACACCAGCCAAGGGAGCGUGACAGCCUGGAGGAAGAUCUGCCCCCUUCUCCAGGGCAUUGGUCUGGCAUCGGUGGUCAUUGAGUCCUACCUGAACAUCUACUACAUCAUCAUCCUCGCCUGGGCUCUCUUCUACCUGUUCAGCUCCUUUACCUCUGAGCUGCCCUGGACAACCUGUACCAAUACCUGGAACACAGAGCAUUGCGUGGACUUUAUGAACCAUUCAGGAGCCCGCACAGUGACCCCGUCUGAGAACUUCACUUCACCUGUCAUGGAAUUCUGGGAGAGACGUGUUUUGGGCAUCACCUCAGGCAUCCAUGACCUGGGGGCCCUGCGUUGGGAGCUGGCCCUGUGCCUCCUGCUCGCCUGGGUCAUCUGCUACUUCUGCAUCUGGAAAGGGGUCAAGUCCACUGGCAAGGUUGUUUAUUUCACAGCCACAUUUCCCUACCUGAUGCUGAUCAUCCUACUGAUCCGAGGCAUCACCCUUCCGGGAGCCUACGAGGGUGUCAUCUAUUACCUGAAGCCAGAUUUGCUUCGCCUCAAGGACCCCCAGGUGUGGAUGGAUGCAGGCACCCAGAUCUUCUUCUCCUUUGCCAUCUGCCAGGGGUGCCUGACAGCCCUGGGCAGCUACAACAAGUACCACAACAACUGCUACAGGGACUGCAUCGCCCUCUGCUUCCUCAACAGCGCCACCAGCUUCGCGGCCGGGUUCGUGGUCUUCUCCAUCCUGGGCUUCAUGGCCCAGGAGCAGGGGAUGCCCAUCUCUGAAGUGGCCGAGUCUGGUCCUGGUCUAGCCUUCAUCGCGUUCCCCAAGGCAGUGACUAUGAUGCCCUUAUCCCAGCUGUGGUCCUGCCUUUUCUUCAUCAUGCUCAUCUUCCUAGGGCUGGACAGCCAGUUUGUCUGUGUGGAGUGCCUGGUGACAGCCUCUGUGGACAUGUUCCCCGGUCAGCUCCGGAAGAGCGGGAGGCGAGAACUUCUCAUUCUCACCAUUGCCAUCGUGUGCUACCUGCUAGGGCUCUUCCUGGUCACAGAGGGCGGGAUGUAUAUCUUCCAGCUGUUUGAUUAUUACGCUUCCAGUGGCAUAUGCCUGCUCUUCUUGGCAGUGUUUGAAGUGAUCUGCAUCAGCUGGGUGUAUGGGGCAGAUCGGUUCUAUGACAACGUUGAAGACAUGAUUGGCUACCGGCCAUGGCCCUUGGUGAAGAUCUCCUGGCUCUUUCUGACCCCUGGACUUUGCCUGGCCACCUUCCUCUUCUCCUUGAGCAAGUACACACCUCUCAAGUACAACAACAUCUAUGUGUACCCUCCUUGGGGCUACUCCAUCGGCUGGUUCUUGGCUCUGUCCUCCAUGGUCUGCGUCCCUCUGUUCAUCAUCAUCACCCUUCUGAAGACCCAGGGUUCCUUCAAGAAGCGCCUGCAACAGCUCACCACCCCCGACCCCAGCCUCCCGCAGCCCAAGCAACACCUGUGUCUGGACCGUGGUACCAGCCAGGACUGUGGGCCUUCCCCAACAAAGGAAGGACUAAUCAUUGGGGAGAAGGAGACCCACUUGUAGGACGUGGCCAGCAGCCAAGUGGCCAUUGAGCCAGGAACCUCUGUCAGGGCCACUACAGCAAACAGCCUUUGCCUCUGUCCCUUACCACAGUCCUGCUGAGCACCUCUGUGAUGUUCAUGGGUGCCCCCGGCCAGAGGCCACGCUGCUCUCUCCUCAGCGAGGGCAGCUCCUUCUGGUGGGCUAGAGGCGGUCCCACUGCACCACGCCAUACUGUUGGAACACACCUUCUUAUUUAUAAAGGAGGGUGGUCUUUUUUGAGUCCACCAUCUGAUUCUAACAUAUUACACUGUGUGGAACUCCCACUGUAGGGAUGUUCCUGUAUCUGGGGAUGUUACAGCUUACUAUAUUUGUGCAUUGGGAGGGUAGCACUGAUGGGAAUAUGUAUCAUGCUUUGGCUUGGAGAGCCCAAUGGAACACACCAUGUUGGAAGUGACAACAAACACACUAUUGGAUUCUGACAUUCCAUUAGAGGGGUGCUUCAUUAGGCUUAGUGUUCUGGAGUCAGUCCAUGGGGAAGGAACUAGAGAAACAGCCAAGAGGCAAGCCUUCACAAGCCAUCAUUGUCUUAAGGUGUCCCUAGCGGCAGCCGUAGUUCCACAUGCUUCCUGCAAUGUUGUCCUCAACUCAUGGAGCAUUGGAAUGGAAAGAACUUAGAGAUGAUCCCUAGACUGUGCAAAUGCAUGGUGAGGGUGUCUGUACUUUCCUAUGCCUGCAACAGACAUUGCUGAUUGAGUCUUUCCCACCUCACAGUCCUUUCAAAUACAGUGCUCCAGGUGCUCCAGUUGCCACUGUGCUUUUUUUGUCCAACCUCCUGACUUCAUGGAUAAGGAAACUGAGGACCAAAGAGAAAGUGACUCUUUCAAAUUCUGGCUCCUUAGGGCCAGAGAUAUGCCUAAACCUGGUGUCCUUGUUCUCAGGCCGGUGUUCUUCCCCAUUAUACAUAUUUAACAAGCAUGUAUGGAUUGCCUGCUA